GGACAUUUUGGAUGCAGUCUCAUUUUGUCAAGAAAUUCUCUUCGUCAUCUCGUUCUCUAUCUGUUAAGACAUUCCGUCAAUGAUUGACCUAAAUAUCUUCUCUGUUAUUGCAAGAAACAGGAAGUGGCCGCGGCAGCUAGGGUGGCGGCAGCCCUAGCGAGACACCGCGGGGGCGGGGAGGAGGGGUAAAAAGAAGAAAAAGGAAGGAGAAGAUAGAUACAUUUCGUUAUGGAAAACACAAGUGAGCUUUUGGAAUAUUUGAACAGAACCGUUCCUUGUUAUGCUGGUAUGAUAUACAAUGACAAUGGGAUGUGGAAAGGGACAAACCCAUUGGUUAAUACUCUCCCUCUCUUCAUUAUCCAGCUUACCAUUGUCAUCCUCGUCACUCGCCUCUUCCUCCUCGUCUUCGAACCUCUCCAGCAGCCUCGGUUUAUUGCCGAAGUUAUUGGAGGUAUGUCGUUGGGUCCAUCUGGGCUGGGGAGAUUCGACAUUUUCACCAAUGAGUUGUUUCCUGUCGGUAGUUUCUUGGUGUUGGAUCCAAUGGCACACUUUGCUCUCAUACACUAUGCUUUCCUGUUGGGGCUUGAAAUGGACCUGCCAACAAUUCGGUGCACCGGACAAAAAGCCCUAACCGUUGCCAUUGCCGGAUUUAUUCUUCCUCUUGCAAUGGGUUCCGGCUUAUUCUUCUUGUUUGGAGCGCAUACUGACUCCAAGGUAGGCUUCAUGUUCUGGGCCAGCGCCCUCACCGUCACGGGCUCCUCUGUCCUCCCUCAUCUCCUUGAAACCCUAAAGAUCCUCCACACAGAGACCGGAAAAACCGCCUUAUCGUCUUCCCUAAUCAAUGACAUUUGCUCAUGGGUCCUACUAGCCCUAUCAAUCUCAGUAUCGGGAAAAAUGGGUGCCACCCACUGGUCUAUGCUGUCAACCGCUGCCUUCCUCCUCUUCUGCAUCUACUACCUCCGCCCAUCCCUCUCCUGGUUGAUUCAUCGAAAACCCGAAGGGCAUCCCCACAGUGAGUUCCACCUCUGCUGCUUCUUGGCCAUCGGGGUGGGGCUCUGUGGGGUCCUCACCGAUGCCUGCGGGACCCACCCGGUGAUCGGGGCUUUCGUGUUUGGUAUGUCGAUGCCAAAAGGAGAAGUUGAGUCGAGUAUAGUGGAUAGGGUUGAAGGAUUUGUUUCGGGGAUUCUGAUGCCUGUUUUCUUCGCAGCUGUCGGGCAUAGGGUCGAUGUUUAUGGGAUUGCUAACGGUUUGCCAUGGGCAAUGGUGGGGUUGGUGGUUGUUUUAGCCUGUUUGGCUAAGGUUUUGAGCACUGUGUUUGCUGGGUAUUUGUGUGGUAUGAAGUGUAAGGAAGCAGUAACUCUUGGAGUGGUUAUGAACACCAAAAGCCUGUUGGCGUUAUUGAUUCUUGAAGUUGGUAUAGAGCAGAAGGCUCUAACAACCCAGACUUAUACGGUAAUGGUGGUUGCGGUGUUGGUAAUGACAAUGAUCGUUACGCCCAUCAUUUUAGCAACUCAACGUGAGAGUAGCUUUGUGAUGUACAAGCGAAGGACCAUUCAGAAAUCAAGACCAAACGAGGACCUCCGUGUCCUCGCAUGUGUCCAUGGACAACACAACCUUCCAGCCAUUAUCAACCUCCUCGAAGCCUUAAACGCCACCAGAGAUUCCCACAUUCACGUCUUCGCCCUCCAGUUGAUUGAGCUCAUAGGCCGCGCCUCUGCCAUCCGUGUCGUUCAGCAGUCAAGCAAGACUCUGUCGAGAAACCUCGGUAACCCAGAGACAGAUCAAAUCGUUGCAACCUUGGAGAAUUACGGGCGAAGGAACGACUUCGUCUCUGUGCAUCAGCUCCUUGUGCGGUCCGCCUACUCCACGAUGGACGAAGAGAUUUGUAGUAUCGCAGAAGAGAAGCGCGCAGCGUUCAUAAUCCUCCCUUUUCAUAAGCGACAAGGUAUUGUUGGUGAGAUAUUGGAGGAAACCAACCUCGCUAUUCGGGAUGUUAAUGAGAAUGUGCUAGCAAGCGCACCUUGCUCCGUGGGUAUACUCAUCAACCGAGGCCUCGCCCACACCGCCAACCUUGCUAGCCGCGUCGUGAUGCUAUACUUUGGUGGCCCUGAUGAUAGAGAGGCAUUAUCUCUUGCAUGGAGGAUAGCUAAAAACCCUGACGUCACCCUAAGCGUGGUGAGGUUUCUUCCUACUGGAAAAUCCUUAGCUUCCAUAUUGGAGCCUAUGGAUUUUAUGAGCAGACCGCAUGAAGUUGUGGCCGUGAACAUAGAAAGAGAAAGAGAGAGGCAACUUGAUGAUGCUUAUCUUGACAAGUUCCGUACCGCGAUGGAGACUAAUACAUCGACACAAUACGUGGAAAUGUCGCUCGAGAAUGAGGAAGAAACUGUUACGGCUAUUAAAUCGAUGGAUCGGUGUCAUGAUCUAUUCAUAGUAGGAAGAGGGGGAGGAGCGACGUCACCCUUGACUGCGGGGUUGGCCGACUGGUGUGACUGCCCUGAACUUGGGGCUGUAGGGGAUAUUUUGAUCACCUCAGAACACUCGUCUGCAUUUGCGGUGUUGGUGGUGCAACAAUAUGGGAUGUUGGGACCAAGACAGAGUGUAGAUCGUUCAGGUUCUACGACUAGCUCUUUAACUUACCGAGAGGAUAUCGGAAGCAGGGCCUGGUCGAGGCCAUCGGUUGAAGAGGAUGGUAGGAUUGAUUCCUUUUUUAGUCGCAGAACAGAGAAUAUUCAUGAUUACUGAAUGGUGAGAGCCUCACUCUUGUAAAUUUUCAGAACAGAGACUGUUCAUGGUAGGCUCUCAUUAUUUCUGCUUUUCAAUUUUCAACAAAUUUU